GAGAGUCACGAUGAGAUUGCGGCAGCCCCGGCCCCCAUGGACCGGUUGGAGGGCCUGGGGCCGCUGCAGAGGGAACAGGCGUCCAUGGGCAGCCUGAAGAGGGCGAGCGUGGAUGUGGAGCUGCUCGCUCCUCGCAGCCCGAUGGGGAAGGAGACCAUGCUGACCUUCAGCAACACGCUUCCACGGGCCAGCAUGAAUGUUGAUGGGGUACUGGGGGCGGGGCUGGAGGACUUGGUGCAGCCGGUGCAGCCAGUGCAACGGCGCCUAAAGGCAGUGCAGGUCCCCAUUGACCCGAUGCGCUCGCAGCAGCUGGUGUCAGAGUGGAAGCAGAAGUCAAUGGAGAUGAGAGGCCUGAGCGUGCGGGGCGAGGCGGAGCACGACGCCAGCGAGGACGGCUCCGAGGCAGGCUCUGUGGGGACCGACGAGGGGCCUGCUCAGGGCCCUGUUUACCAGUCCUCAGUGCAUUCUGGGAGGGCAUCCUCGAGUCAUAGCCCCACUCCGCCCACAGGUGGUGCCAAAGCCGUGGCGACUCCCCGACCGCCGCAGAUCCCUGAAGCAGGACCGCCACAGGUGUCCCCAAAAAGCGCGCUGACCCGGGCCAAGUGGCUUGCCAUCCGAGAGAAGACGAGCGGAGAGGCGUCGGGCCGUGGCACCACCAACCAGCCACGCCUCAUGCAGGUCAUCGCCAUGUCGAAGCAGCAGGGGCUUCUCCCCUCCUCCUCCUCGGGGGAGAAAUCCUCGGAGACCACCUCCACCUGCUCCGGCACCUCCUCCAACACCGACUCACCACACUACCGCCCCCCCUCCGAGCAGCAGCGGGAGGGGUCAGGUAUCAUCACGGUGGACGCCCAUGCACCUCACCAUCCUGUCGUCCAAGCCCCACCCUCUCUUCAAGCCCCUCCCCUCGCAGGUAAUGGUAACCCGUGGGAGUGGGGGGGAGCGACCAACGGGGCCGACCCGCGAGACACCUAUGACCUCAACAGCCUGACCCGGGGAGACUCCGCCGCCCGGGGCAGCAGCUUUCGACCGCACCGCUCCGCCUCGCCGGGUGCUGACCUGCAGGCGGAGAUGGUGGCGGAAGCUCAGCGCAGGGAGAUGGCCAUGAGACGCAAGACGGCGCUGGUUCUGCUCGAUCGAGAGAUCCGAAACCAGACGGAGCAGGAGAACUAUUAUAAGAGUCUUCAGGGACGCAGGUUCAAGGAUUAGUCUCUUACCCUUUCAAAACAAAAGCCUUACUCUGACACUGGACGCUAACAGCAGCCACGCUGCUCUGCAUCUCUGAGGCUUCAUGUGAAGAAAGUUUCCACGCUCGCCGGCUCAACUCUGAGGAUUUCUCUCCACAUUACAGGUUCAGUUCAUCUAACAGGGGGCGCUACUCUGUUACCCUCCAUCAGAAUGAAUGGCUGCCAGUGUUUAUCCGACUAGUUGUUUAAAGAAUGUACGCAGAGGGCGUUUCUUUUAUACUUGUACAUAAAAAAACGUGUAAAUAGUCUCCGGUCAUUAAACAAACUGCCGUAUGAAACUAAAGAGAAUUCACAGAGAAGUGAUGGAGGCCGAGCUACAGAUCUCUGCCCGUAACAACACUCAAUAAAAAUAUUACAGCAACACGCACAGACAGUUCUGCAGCUGCCUGACAUGAGUCAGUGUUAUGAGUCUUAAACCCUGACAUGGGUCAGCGUUAUGAGUCUUAUUAUUAAUAGUAUUAUUGUAGUACUUCCUGUUCCCUUGUCUGGAAGUCAGUUGGUUUUUGGUUAAAUGUCUGAAAUAAGGUCUGUGGUUAAAACAAGCUAAAUAGCAUUUAACGUUUUGUUCUAUGAUAUAAAAUACGUUGCUGGUGAAUUCCUGAAGUUUCUACGCAUCCUAAGAACGUUGGUUGAGAACAAGUGUCUAAAUGAAACUAAACGUCCUCACGCCGACCGUUAGCCGCCUUUAUCUGAGCGGUGGUGGUCAUGUGACCGUGCUGUAGUUCCUUUAUAGCCUAACGUUAGCUUCUUACUUCUGGAGAUCGCAUUUCGCUUUAAAAUAAUAUGUAAAUAAAAUAAUAAAAUGUUAGAAUGUGAAGCUUAUCCUGCUGAACUAAAUGUGUAAGCAUCAUAAACGUUUGUUUACCACAAAACUUAUUUUCUGCAAUAAUCUAAAAGCCAAUGAAAAAAUCCCAAAGCAAUGCUACCUUCAGGGUCGGACUACAAAAAUACGUGCCUGCAGCUCUGAUAAUUUAAACAUCACAGGAGCAGCAGACAUUGUUAGUUCAGCAGCAGUUAAAGAUGCAGACGCCCUCAGAGCUUCACUUCCUGUUUGUUGUAUUUCUGAAAACCUCUGUGAACCCUCCAGACCCACCCAGUGAUCCUGAGGUUACCUGCCCCCCCCAGUGAUCCUGAGGUUACCUGACCCCCCCCCCCCCCCAGUGAUCCUGAGGUUACCUGAUCACCCCCCCCGUGUUCCUGAGCGCGGCGAGAUGCCGCUCAGUGUUGAGCCUGAGCAAGAAGCUGUUUCCAUGGUAACGGCAUUAAAGGCACGAAGAGGAUUUAAAAGACUCUGAUUGGACGUUACCGGCUCCUGUUGUCAUGGCGCGGUUGCUAUAGUGAUUCUCAGCAUGUUUGUGUGUGUGCUGAUUGGUUCAGAGGGUUUUGUGUGAAUCUGAACGUGUGUAUUUAUGAACCACAAGAGAUUAAAUAUUUAUAAAGAUGUGAAUUUAAAGACAAACCACAGCGACAUGAAAGACUCAGUCAAGUUUACUUAAAACUUCUGAUAAUAGAAAUAUUUACAAACAUACAAAUCUUUGUCUUUUUUUUAAUUUCAUAAUUAGUAAAGAAAAUAGGGUGAAAUGUGAGGAAAAUAUUUUUUCAAGAAUCAUUGAGUUUGAGGCCACUGUUAGGAAAAAAAUAGGAAGUUCAAAAUAAAAGUGUAAUAUUUUGAAAACAAAAGUUGUGAUAUUACAGAGUAUUUAUAAUUCUGUCGUAGUAAACUAAACGGAUUAUUUUCUCCUUUUUAAAAGUCAAACACAGACACGCAACAGAAUAAAAACAAGGCUUCAGGAGUUUAUAUGAAUAUUGACCGGGUCUGUGUGUUAAUGUGUCCGUGUGUUGUUGCAUGUCCGACUGUUCCUCUCUGAGAUAAAGAGGUUUUAAUACCCUGAGAACUGAUACAUUUCCAUCUGAAUGUAAAAACAUGAAGCUUCAUUUAUCUUGAAUCUGUACGUUUUGUGACUGGAAAUGGUAAAAAGUAAAAACUGCUGCUAUAAAAACGUUUUCUCUGUCAGACUGAAGGGUGGAUGCAUGCUCGCUGGUCCUUAUGAUCAAAGUCCCAAUAAAGGUUUUUCUUGAUCAGACGAUA